UCUUGAUAUAUUAAAUCUGCUCAAUUUUGUAUGUUUAGACUUUGGACUGCGAAAUAUGAGUUCAUAAUAACAAUAUUAUGUGUUGUACAAGUAAUGCUCAAGUCGUUGAUCAUGUCGCUUUCACCUCAAACCUUAUUAUCAGCCGCGACUCGUCAACGCUGUGUAUCGAAGUUAAAAGAACUGCCUUCGCUAGUCGUGAAUGAUGAAAAAGCUAGUGAAAGUGCGUCGGUGCUGGUGCCCUUAUGCGUGCACGAGGGCCAGGUAUGCCUACUGUACACGCUUCGAUCCUCAAACUUAAAAAAUCACAGCGGACAAGUGUCCUUCCCAGGAGGCAAGGCGGACGCGAACGAGACUAAUAUUGAUACAGCUUUAAGAGAAACUGAAGAAGAAAUCGGUAUUCCUCGCGACAGUGUGUACAUUUGGGGCUCAAUGCCACGAGUUCAAGGUCGAAAUAAGAACUUAGCCAUUAAUCCAAUAGUAGGAGAGAUAAGAAAUUUCGACAUAAAUAAAUUGCGUGAAAACCCAGAUGAAGUGGAAGAGGUUUUCUUAGUGCCCAUGCAGGCGUUUUGUGAUUCGAGCAACCAUGCUCACUGGGUGUGGAAGGGAAUGCAGCUGCCUAUGUUCCUGUACGGGCGGCACAAGAUAUGGGGCAUCACCGGGGCCAUAACACACAUGUUCCUGAACUGUUUAUUGCCUGAAAAUGAGUUUAAAGGAGGCUUUUCUAGGAAGAAGUUUGAACUGGAGGAGCUUAUGAAUUCUAAACUAUAAUUUACUGCCAUACAGACAAACUCAACAAGUGUUAUGAGCAUCAUUUUGGCCUAGUAUUUAAAUUAGUAUCCUGAAAUAAUUAUGGCGUCAGAUUCAGAACCGCCAGGAAUCUACAGUGUUUUGAGGUCAGAGAAUAGUUUUCAAUGUUUUUUGGGGUCUAAGUACAGGAUAUAGAUAGUUAAUGACUAAUGAAUAGCCAGUAACAAAAACUUUGUUUACAGAUGUAGUGCAUAAAUAUUUUCCAUCGUAUUUUCACAGAAACCUACUAACAUGUCUUGCUAUUUCAGUUAGUCUCAACAAGUAUUGGUACAAAAACUACUGACAUUGACUCAACAAGCAUGAGAAAUAUGAAUAUUUCCAAGAAACUAUGAUGGAAAACAAUUAUGCACUAGCACUACAUCUGUAUAAUAUUCUAUACUAUAAAAUACAAGAAAUGCUCAUGUUUUGUGUUAGCAAUGGUUAUGUGGACUAUUAGGGCCACUUGCACCAUCCCAUUAACCCGAGGUUAACCGGUUAAACCUUUAACCCAGUGUCAAAUUGUACUGGCAACCAUGGUAACUCCAGUUUUAACAGGUUAGCCCCAGGUAAGUAGAAUGAUGCAAGUAACCCUUAGUAUGGUUAAUUCUAUCCUCCUAAGGCCCAGUCAUACAAAUCAAAAAUCCAUAAUUUGCCACUGAAAUUUGAACCUUUAGUGCAGGGAAUAGAGUUGAUUUUGGUGUUGUUUGAAAAAAUGAACGAAACAAAACAAAUGCGACUCUGUUCCAAUUGAAUAUGAUUUAAAUUUCAUUGCACUUAAUAACUAUAGGUAGGACAUUGGGCUUUAGGAGGAUAUAAUAAUUAGACUUCAUUCAAUUAAAAAUAAGGGUAGGUAGGGUAUUUAAAAAGACAAAAUGAAAAGUUUUACUCACAUGUUGUGAAUAGUUGCUAUUUUACUAACUUAUUUAUUAGUUUACCACUAACCAGUAGUCAUAAUCAUACUGAUCUUUGGUUAGGUAUAUGGAUUAUAUAGGUAGGUACUUUUAACACAUUUGCUGCAGCAAAUAGUGUAGGUAUGGUGAAAUGUAUUUCCAUCAGUGAGAGUGUUAACAGAUAUUAGAAAAUUAUUUAUUUUAUUUUCCAUAAUGGCAUAAUAAAUGAAAUAUUAUUUAUUUUUAUACAAAUAAAUGUUAAUUUACAAUCUUUAUGUUUCAAUUUAUACUUUUAGAUUACAAACAAUAAAUUUCUUCUUCCUAAAGUGUAUUAAUGUACAUCAAGUCUAUUUGCCUAAUUUUAUAAUGUCAAAUAACUAGGUAAUUGACAAAUUCUAAUAUUAUAGUACUUUUCAAACAACAUGGGUAUGGUGACAAAUCUCCAUACAGUUUAUAACCUUAAAACGCAAAAUCACGCAAAAUUGUAUUCAGAUGACAUGUGUUACCAUAUGUACCGAUUUUGUAUGAAAAAUACUAUCGUCAAUGAAAAAGUAAAAUAAAAGAAAUAAUAUAGUAAAGUAAAAUAAAUCUAUUCAAAAUGGCAAUUGAAUUGAACAACGAUGAGACCCACAACUUUGAUUAACAAUCUUUAUUGGGUAAAACUUAAAAAAACUUGAUUUGCUGGAUGAGAGAAUAUAGUGUAAGUAUAUAUAGAGUGUCAUAGUAAAUUAUCUAGUCACACGAGUUUUACUGCCAUCUUUCGACAGAUGAUUAAAACUUUUAGAGCGCCAUUGGACUUUGAUCCUUAAUUCUUUCACUGAUAUGUGUUAAAUUUGCUAAAUAUCAACAAGGGUCGCCAUCUACUCGAGUAUAGGCCGAAGGUAUGCCAUCUUUUCGAACUAUUUUAGUGACAAAACUUAAUUUGUCAAUACGCCUCUUGACUCAACUAUAACCAUUUUACAUUCCUUUCGAGUCAUUCGAUUUCGAACCGUAAUUCUUACAGUGGAGAUGCGUUUUUGUUAUAAGUAGGAUGAUGGUAAGUAAGUUGCCGCUACGGACUAAAGGGUUAACGCAUUCACUGCCAGGGGGCGUGGCCUAGGAACAAACUUGUAUGACAGUGAACGCACAUGUGCGUUGGGGGCAGUGAA